UUGGGCUUUUUGGAACAUGGUUCUGAGCCGGGGAAACUGAAGCAUUUGGAUGAUGUCACCAACGUAGUGAGGAGGGACGGCCCACCUGGGGGGGUGUCGGCCCCCCACGGCGGGAGAGCUGAGAGAGUCAUGUCCGUAGCCCCCCGCUGCCCACCGCCCAGAGGAGAACCGUUGGCCAAAGCUCCCGCCUGGUUUGUUGAAACCCAAGGGGCCUAUCCCACCACCUGUGAUGGUGCCACCUAGGGAGGGGCUCCUAAAAUAAAGUGCUUAGUCUUGAACACAACCACCACUGACUGUUUGAAAACAUUCUCCGAGCGCUGUCAUGAAACGUCUGGCUCCCUCGAAGGCUAUUUCCUGCUGUCCUGGACGGCGGCCUUGGAGGAAGGGCCUAAAAAUGACUCAGCAGCUGGGCCGCGAGCUGCCGCGGAUGGGAAAGGGCCGGGCCGCCACCUCUGUGGCCUCAGGGAAGGAAGACCUGGUCAGUCACCCGCUCGCCCACACAGCCUCUCACAGGAGAAUUAAAGCCCGUCAUCCCCAGAGCCUGACAACCACGGGCACGGGGUCAGAGGGGCCAGAACACUGGCCACAGAAGGUGGCAGCAAGGAAGCAGCCAAUGUGGGGGGACCCAGUUCACCCCCCGGGUGCCGGCAGGGCCUCUCAGCUCUGCUCCCCGUCUGGCCGGGGGGCCGUGUCCCAGGGGCCAGCCCUCCUCCCUGGCUGAGACUGGAGACGCCCCCCUCCUCCGUCCCCCUGGGGUCUGCCCUGCCCCGAAGCCCAGGACAGCUCUCUUCUUGCCCCUCUGGCCCCUUCGGACGUCCCACCAGGAAGCAUUUCUGGAGCCUGCGCCCACCCGCACCCUCGUCCCAGGCCCCCCAGGGCGGGGUCCUCCCUGCCAGGGCAGGACGGUCAAGGCGGGACUGGAGAGUGACACGAGCCCUCCCCAAGUAGCAGAGCUGCAAGAACAGAUCAGACAUGGAGGGGCUCUCGCUGGCGCAGCCAAGGGUCUAGACACCCCCUCCCGUAAUGAGCUUUUGCGUCUCAGGGGUGACAGUGGCUCACAUGUGUCGUCACUCGGUUCCCCAACGACCAGUCCUGGCUUCACUCCUUUUUCACGAGGCCUGUAAAAUGGGCUUUCCCACCGUGCAGCCCACCCUAGAGGUGGGGGUGUCCGGCUUCCACGUCUGCACAGCCACACCUGGCCGCGGGUUUCGGGGGAUUUCAAGUGCACACUGGCGGGUUCUCGGGGACAGCAGGGUGUUCCCUCUAGGACCUUGCUUCCUUCACAGCCUUUCCUGGGGUCAUUUCAGCAGCCGUCUUCGUGUAGAGUGUUGGGAUGCGGGUCCCGGGCCCCCAGCCCACGCUCACCUCCUCUAGCCCCCUUGCCCCUUCCCUGUCCAGACCCCCUGCUGUACUUGCGCUGGUCAGCAGGCUUCACUGGAGCUGAAGCCACCAGGAGCGCACCUGGGUCAAGGUCAGAGCUGACUGCGACAAGGCACGUGAGGUCAGGGGCACGUGAGGCCGGAGGCUAACGUCAGGUGUCGGCUUCUGUUAAGUGACUUGGGGAGGGUCCAGGGAAGCCACGUCUGCUCUGGACGGGCUGCUGUCAGAAAGCCAGGGAUCCAGUAUUUGGGUCUUUCCAUUGUUUUUCAAGAAGAGUGACACGGGCUAGAGUCUCUAACUGGGUCCCUCAGUCACCUGGGCCCCUGAUGGGGGAAGGGAAUCCUCAGCGUCUCAGCUCAGGUGGGAUUGUAGGGGCCUGGACGGGGCUGGGGGUCAGGGGAGGUGCAGCAGGGGCGGCUCGCGCUCACCAGGGAAGGCUACCUGCUACCCAGUGACCCAUCAGGGCUUCCACCUGUAUUUCCCAGCAACACACAGAAUCCGCAUGAAUCCUUGGGGGCCCCGUGUCACUCUCCCUGGAGGGUCUGUAAGGGCCAUGCCCGGCACAAAAGAAUCACCGCGCUCGGGUUCCCAGGGCUCUGCUGAGGGCCGGCCUCCCUGAGAUGAUAGAGAAAGCAGGGCUCCUUGCACCCCCUGAACCAAGGGGCAGGUCUGACCCGGUGGGUUUCACCGCCCCCCGACCCCUUCCAUGAGGGUCAGCCUGAAUCACAGGGUCAGAGAGGAAAGGUGCCCGGCCCCGGGGGAGCUCUCUGCCCUCCUGAGCCGCGCGCUCUCCUGCAGGUGGAAGUAUGGGGCCCCUUCGACCUCGCCUACGGCUCUACGCCCCCGCUGGGCCACGCCUGCAGCCAGCCCCCAGCGUGGUACCUGUUCCAGUUCCACCGCAUCCUGCGGUACGCGAGGCCCCGGCCAGGCAGCCCCCAGCCCUUCUUCUGGAUGUUCGUGGACAACCUGGUGCUGACCCAGGACGACCGCGUCGUGGCCACUCGCUUUCUGGAGACUGACCCGGUGACCAUCCAGGACGUCCAUGGCAGUACCAUCCGGAACGCCGUGCACGUGUGGAGCAACAUCCCCGCCGUGAAGAGCCCUGGACUACUGCUGCUGCUACUGUGUGGCCUGCGAGCUGAGAUUCAAGAAGAAGAGAUCAGAGCGAUGGUGGGCAGUGAUGUCUUGCUCAGCUGCAUUUACCCUGAAGGAAACACCUUCGAUUUAAAUGACCUUUAUGUUUACUGGCAAAUCAAUGUGCCGGGCAAACGGAACACCAGCUCUGUGGUGACUUACUACCUCUCGGGAAACAGCUCUGCCGGCCACGGUAACAACCACUACAAAGACCGGGCCCGGCUGUCCCUGGACAGCAUGAAGCAGGGCGACUUCUCUCUGCACCUGCACAAUGUCACUCCCCAGGACGAGCAGAAGUUCAACUGCCUGGUGUUUCGGAAAUCCUUAGAAUUAGAAAAGAUUUUGGAAGUCACGGUCACGCUAAACGUGGCAGCAAACUACAGCAUGCCAGUGGUCAGCGGCCCAUCCCAGGAUGAGGAGUUGGUCUUCACAUGCACGUCCACGGAUGGCUACCCGCGGCCCAACGUGUACUGGAUCAACAAGACGGACAACAGCCUGCUGGACGACGCCCUGCAGAACAGCACCGUGUCCCUAAACGCGAGGGGCCUGUACAACGUGGUCAGCGUCCUGCGGAUCAGGCGGAGCCCCACCAUCGACGUGGGCUGCUGCAUCGAGAAUGUGCUUCUUCACCAGAACCUGACCAGCGGCCAGACAGAAAUGUCCACAGGAACCAAGGACAGCAUCACAGAGGACCCAGUGGACGACACCCAAGAUGCGGUGAACCAGCCGGUUCUCAGCAUCCUUGCUGUGCUAGUCGUGGCCGUGGCCGUGGCCGUGGCCACGGGCUGGCUGUGCAGGCGGAGAUGUCCCUACAGAAGCUACGCAGGCGCCCAGGCUGCGAGGCCGGAGCUGGAGCUCACGGGUCAGUUUGCCAGGAGGGAAGGAGACCCGUGGAGGAAGCGUGGGUCCACGGGCGAGCUGGGCGCUCCACUCUCUCUGUGCCCGCCUUUCAGCGCGGGUGCUACUCGAUGACCAGGAAAUAGGCGUUUCCAGUUUCAGAGACGGUGAAAUCCCAAGCGAAGGCCUGUCCCCCUGGCCUUCCUUGGCGUGUAAGCCCGUCCUCUCGCUGACACUGUGCUAUGGGAUUUUCCAAAUGUACAGCUACACGUACAUGUCAGCAGAGAGCCUGGGACCACAGCCCCGCUGCCCCUCCCCAGCUGCCCGGCUCAUCCGCCUGUUCUCCCUCCGUCUCAGCCCCACCCCUCGGGGGCGGGGGCUCUCCAGCGAGUCCAGACCCUUUGUGCGGGCACCUCACUGUCCCAGAGCAAAGGUCAGAGUGAUUCCCGCCCCAGUUUGGGAAAGUAGCCACACGCAGGGCCUUCAGUUUCGGUUUCCUACUGGCAGGUGCCUCGGGCUGCCAGGCCUUUGUGGUCAGGCCAGCGGGCUCCACGCCUGAGGCCAACGACCAUACCUCUGAGCCCCGUUUCUCCACCUGUGAGAAGGGUCGUCAGGGGAGGGUAGGCCCGAGGUGAGCACGACCCACACGGCAGUGCCCGCCCACCUGUUCACACAGGUGAUUCCGGGGCACGCGGCUGCCUGGUGCUGCAGCAGAUUCCCUCCCAAGGCCACUUUCAGACGAUGCAGGACACAGCUUGCUAAAGAAUCCGGGCCUGCUGACCCGAGAGUCCGAUGCGGCGCCCGUCUGCAGGCGUUUUCAACCCUGUUUUCACCGUCCUGGUUCCUGAGAAGAUGAGUCUCUGCUUCCAGAGAGAAUGAGCCAGCUCUGUGCUCACGCCCCUCUCCUCUUUCCUUCCAAGAGCACGUGUGAUGAGAGCUCCCCCAGGACGUGCCACCAGCGGGGACGUCGGGUGGCAGCUUGAGAAUUGACCCGGGCAGGCUGGGCAGAGGACACCAUCUGCGCCCGUAUUGGGGGCUGCACGGGCACUGGGCCACCUGGCCUUGUGGGGACAUGCGGGCGCCCCCUGGAAGGGCCACGCUGACCCCAGGGAGCACGUGGCGGGCACUGACCUGAUCCUGGCAGCCCUUUCAAAAGGUCGGCAACUCCUCGGGGAUACAUGUGCCCCCAAGUAGGUGGGCUGCCCACCUUCGCUGCCAAACACAGAACAAGAAAAGGGUUGUGACGGCUCCUUUCCACCACCAGCCCCCGAGAGCCUGCAGCGCUUCUCAGCAUCCUGGACCGGACGGGCUUCUGAGGCCACUCUCUUCCGGGAUGACCUGUGCUAAGCCGUGUUCGCUCCAGGAGCAGGGGCCACGUGCUGGCUCUGCUGGUCAGUCUCCUGCCCCACCUCCGCCCUGAGGACCCGGCGUCUGUGCAGACGUGUCCUGAAGCACUGAGCGGGCGGCACCAGAAAAACCCCUGGAACUCAUGUCCCUCCAGAACGCUCCCUGGGAGGAAAACCCGACCUCAUUUGUUUUGGUCAAAAGCUAGGUUUCCCUCCUCAAAAACACAAUGAAAAAACAAAAACAGUGAAAUUUUGGGAGAAGGUCUGUGCUGGGCGGUGCAGCUGGGCAUGGUGGCCCAGGGUUCCGCUGCAGGGGACAGGCAGGCAGGGCUGGGACACACGUCUCCAGAAGACACCAGCAUGGACAGGUGACUGUCACAGUCCUUCAAACUGGGGCCGUGAGUGGACGGUGGGCGGCCUUCCGGCCGCAUGGCCGCCUUUCUUCAAACGCAGAAGCAAUUCCCUCGAAUCUUGCUGGGCAGCCCCUGCCAGCCCCGCACUGUCACCCAGGGCCCCUCGCGGACCUCCCCUGGGGACCUGCACAGUCGUGACGGAGACUUCACCUCACGUGCCGGGUUCCUCGGAGCCCGCUGGGCCCCCUGGGUGACUGGAGUGGGGCAGUGGCCAAGUCCACGGAGGCGGCAGCCCGACGCCCUGACCCUGCCCAGGCGGUUUCCAUGUUGAUUCCUGCAUUACAUCUAGCAGUUCACUGUUUCCAGAAGGUUCUGCAAAGGUGGCUGCCAGGUAACCCUGGUGGGCACGCCCCCAGGAAACGGGUCUGUUGCCCCUGCCCCUGUGGUCAUUCAGCACCGACGGGCACGUGAGGCCUGCGCUCCCCAGAUCCAGACUUACAGCAAACUCAACAAGGCCGGCUGAGCGCAGAACCUCAGCCAACAGUGUUCCAAGAAACUGUGCGUGUGUAUGUCUGUUUUUGUACCAAAGAGCCCUCACAUGGCUUUUAAAUAGGUGUGGUGAGGGGUCCACACAGACUUUAGCAUGAAAGCAUUAGAAGACAAGUGUGGUUCCUCAAAGAAUGACAGAAGGUGACUCAUGGCACCACGAGCAAGAAGCCUGAGGGGCCCUUGAGUGCAGCAGGUGGGGUGCGUCAGGUGGUCGCAGGCCUGUCCCCAGUGACUGUGAUGUGACACCAGGACAGGUGCACCUAGGGCCCUCUCCGCCGUCCUGCCCGGGGUCCAGCCUGCAGACCCUGAGAGGCCCCUGGAGCUGGUCAGGGCGGCGUUCUCCGCCCGGCAGGACAGGGCAGCCGCAGGGAGACUGAGUGUGCUUCCAGCUUUCCUGUCAGAAGGGAUUUCCUUCUUGGGGAAGCGGCUAGGCCGGCCUCCCGCUCAGGCCCCGUGACGCGGCCGCCCGGGUCUCUCCCUGCAUGUGCUUGCGGGCUCUGCCUGGGCCCUGGGCUCUAGGCUCCGGACCCUGAGUCAUCAUCUCCCCGCUGGGCCCCAACGGACCCUCGCCGCUCCCUCCGGCCUCCGGGGCCACGGUCUGCUCUGCCCAGCUCGCACGGGUCACCCUUGGCCUGUCCACCCUGGGGGCCGCGGCUUGCACCUCACGCUGUGUCGUGGACAGUGUGCAAGUGCCACAUUUUGACGUUUCUGGAAGCCUGGUUUUGGAGAAUACAGGCAGUCGGCGUG